AGGAAGUCGAGGGCCUCCAGUUUUGCACAGGAAGCAAUCUUGGAGCAGACCUUAAAUGCCAGAUUCCAGGCAGAGUUUAACUAACCACUGACAGCUCUGUAAACAAAGCAGGGACAAAAAGAGAACAGCUUUCCCUUUUCUGGUAGUCAUUUAAAGUCUGAGGGCCUGCAGGAGAAAUUCUCCUAUAUUUGUCUCGAUAGGAUAUAAACCAAAGGCCGAAAGACCUUGCAUAUGAAGGAAGCUAUAAGGGGAGGAAAUAUUUCAUGGAGUAAAACCUCAAGGAGAAGAAGGAAUUCAGUCUGAUUUGGGGCUUUCACCAAGUCUGAAUAUACACCAUGGAUGACUUUGAACGUCGCAGAGAACUCAGGAGGCAGAAACGAGAGGAGAUGCGCCAAGAAACCGAGAGAUUAGCCUACCAAAGAAAUGAUGACGAUGAUGAAGAAGCUGCCAGAGAACGUCGUAGGCGGGCCCGGCAGGAACGGCUAAGGCUCAAGGAAGAUGAUGACUUAACAGGGCAAGGGACAGAGAAGACUGAAGUCAAUGUACAGAACAACAUUGGAGACGAAGAGACCAAAAGUACUACAACUGUUACAAAUACUCAAGGUGAUGGGGAUGAUGAUGCCCUGUUCUUGGAGAGGAUGGCAAGGAGAGAAGAAAGGCGUCAGAAACGUCUCCAGGAAGCCCUGGAGCGCCAAAAGGAAUUUGACCCAACAAUUACCGACGAGAGUCUGUCCCUGGCCAACAACAGAAAAGUGAUGAACAACUUUGAAGAAAAUGAAACUCCAGACAAAGAGGAAAAGGUGGAAACCCAGAGGCGACGCUAUGAGGUGGAAGAAACUGAAACCAUCACCAAAUCAUACCAGAGGAAUAACUUGAGGCAAGAGGAGGAAGAUGAGAAGAGAGAUGAGGAAGAUAAGGAGGAGACAGAAGAGGACAAGCCCAAGGAAAGAGCCGUUGAGGAUAAUCAGGUAGAAGUAACAUUAGAAAAGAAAACAGACACUGAGGAGGAAGCGGUAGUGUUGGAAAUAAAACAUCCAGAGGUAAACGCAGAAGAGGAAAAAGUAGAGAAUGACAUAAAUGUCCUAUUGGGAAGUGGGGAGGCCGUAACUGUUACAGUCGCUCUGGGUGAGACAGAUGCAGAAGUGGAGGAUGAAACAGAAAGGAAAGAAAGAGAGGAGAAAGAGAGAGCAGAGAGAGAGGAAAUGGAGCGAGCCAAAGCUGAGGAGCAAAGGAAAGCAGAGGAGGAGAAGGAGAGGCUUGAAGCAGAAAAGAGGGCAGCUGAGGAAAAAGAGAGACUAGAAGCAGAAGAAAGGGAAAGGAAAGAACAGGAGAGGAUUAAAGCCGAGGAGGAAAGGAAAGCUGCCGAGGAAAAAAAGAGAAUUGAAGAGGAGGAGAAAAGAGCUGCCCAGGAGAAAGAGAGGCAGGAAGCUGAGGAGAGGGAAAGGAUUAAGGCAGCUGAAGCAAAGAAAGCAGCUGAAGAAAGAGAAAGGGCGAAGGAAAAGGAGAAAAGGGAGGCUGAGGAACAGGAGAAAGCUAAGGCAGAGGCUAAGAGGGCAGCUGAAGAAAAGGCUAAGUUAGAAGAAGAAAGGUUAAAAGCUAAGCAAAAGGCCGAGGACAAAAAGGUAGCUGAAGUGAAAGGGAAGAAGGGAGAAGAGAAGAAAAUAGAAGACAAGCAGGUAAAAGAGAAGAAAGUGCAAGAAGAAAUCCCCUCAGCAGCUUCCCUAAGAAAGAAGGGGGAAGAGAAAGAGGUUAAAGUGGAAGCUAAAAAAGACAAGUUACAAGACGAGAAACUUCGGCCGCCGUUCCGAAAAGAAGAGCAGAUAAAAGACAGUAAAUUCAACAGAGACAAAGCUCCCAAGGAGGACACUAAACCUGCCUGGGAUCGUAAGAAGGGAAUUCCUGAUUCGAAGCCACAGAACGGGGAACGUUUCCCAGAACUUCCUGCUCAGAAACUUAAGCAUACAGAGAAUGCUUUUAGCCGCCCAGGCUUAAAAAACACUGAAGAAGGCAAACCCGUGUCCCAUCCGGAAGCUGGCAAGCGGGUGGAUGAGCUUCGCCGUCGUCGAGGAGAAAACGAGAAUGAAGAGUUUGAGAAGAUGAAGCAGAAACAGCAGGAAGCAGCCGUGGAGUUGGAGGAGCUCAAGAAGAAGCGUGAAGAGCGCCGGAAGGUUCUGGAAGAAGAAGAGCAGAAACGGAAGAAAGACGAAGCAGAGAGAAAAUCCCGGGAGGAGGAAGAGAAGAGGCGGCUGAAGGAAGAAAUAGAAAGGAGAAGGGCGGAAGCUGCGGAGAAGCGCCAGAAGAUGCCAGAGGAAGCCCAGACCGAUGAAAAAAAGCCAUUUAAAUGUUUCACCCCUAAGGGAUCUUCUCUCAAGAUAGAAGAACGUGCCGAAUUCUUGAACAAAUCUGCCCAGAAAAGUGGUUUGAAGCCCACUCUUACAUCUCCUGUUGUCUCCAAAAUUGAUAGCAGGCUGGAACAAUACACCAGUGCAAUUGAGGGAAACAAAGCUACAAAGGCUGUCAAACCUGGUGCUUCUGACCUCCCAGUUACUGCAGAAGGAGUCCGUAACAUCAAGAGCAUGUGGGAAAAAGGCAACGUGUUCUCAUCGCCCUCUGGCACAGGAACACCCAAUAAGGAAACAGCUGGACUAAAGGUUGGCGUCUCUAGUCGCAUCAACGAGUGGUUAACCAAGACACCAGAGAACAACAAAUCUGCUCCCAAACCAUCAGACUUAAGACCUGGAGAUGUGUCCAGCAAACGCAACCUCUGGGAGAAACAAUCGAUUGAAAAGGUCUCUUCUCCCACAAAGGAAACAGCAACAGGGAAAAAGUCAGAGACGAAUGCAGGUUUGAGACAAUUUGAAAAGGAUCACUAAGGAAGCCACUAGCGAUGCUGGACCAACUCGGUUUUUAUAAAAAAAAUAUGGAAGUGCUAAAUUUGUCCCUUUCUUUUUAUAUAUAUUUAUGUUUGUUUACCAAAAGGCCUCUUUUUUGUUGGGUUUUUGUUUUGCAUUAUCCCAUUUUUUUAAAGAAACAAACCAUGUAUAUUAGCACUGUAUUUAAUAAUCAGUCUUACAAACAUUCAUCCUCAUAGUAGUGCCUUUGAACCAGAGCCUUAUGUUUAAAAGAAACCCAUGCUGUGAAAUAAGAGACACUUCUACUGAUUAGUUCUGACAAGCCAUGUGUCCAAGAAAGGUUCAAGCCACGGAAGAGGAGCGGGUUGUCCCAUCUGCUUACUGAAGUGAGCACAGAACAAGAUGGAAGAUCACAGUCUGGCCUUUUCCAGAUCUGAUACAUUGUGUGGGAGAGGUGUAAAUAACCUAUUUGCCACUGUCUGGCUUCUGAACAUAGAAAUGUGUGACUCAGUUUCCCUGUUGGGCUCUCCUGGUGAAGCUCAUCAGUGCACACGGGGAAAUGUAAUAUCUCCGGUGGUAUGACGUUUUCAUAAAAAAGCAGAAUUACCUUCCUUGUGACCCACCAAUGUACGGAGAAGGUACACCACAUAAAGAUGACCAAUCCACAGUCUCUUUCAAUUGAUGUGGGAGGGAAGGAUUGACAUAACUGGGCACCACAUCCAACCAGGUCAUAGUGUGCAUGAUACCAUCUUCCUACAUGAGGUCACAUGCAUAGCCAGGAGUGAUCAGAAAGUAGAUGUGCUCAUCCAACAAAAACGAAUGCCACCUGGGGGAACAUAACAAAGCCACGAUUCAGAGGAUCCCAUAGAUGUGCCAUUGGCUUCUAUGGGAAAUACCCCAUAGAAACGGGCCCUGUUCUUUCUUUCUGCACUUUAAACCGAGGCAUGGAAGAAACUCCUUUUGGUUCAUCAUGCCCCUCUUCCCAGGCCCCUAUCCUUUGCCCAUACUAAAAAUAUGCAUCAAGAUGAAACAUACGUAGCUUUUAAAAAAUCCUUUUCUUUCCUGUGUAGUUUUAAGUUAAUAACAUGAAUUCGGACGUUGCGCUUGACAGUGGUACUGAUAAUUUCUCUCUCUUUGCCUCCCUCUCUUUUUUUGGUUAGUUGUAAUGAUAGGUUGUAUACAUAUGGCUUUACAAAAUUUUAGCUGUAAGGCACUACUAAUAAUAGAAGGCUUUUAAUACCUGCUAGAGUAUUAUAUUUAGUUAUAAACAUACAUAACUAGCCAAUAUCACAACUUUUUUUAAAAAAAAUACACACUUUUUAUAUUAAGAUUUCAUAAUUGCCAUUAGACAUAUUGGCAAGAGGAAUAUUAGAUUUUUUAAAAAAGUCAGAUGCCUGUUAAUGGGAUAAUUAAAAUUAUAGUUUUAAUGAGGGAGGGGGAAAGGGUAUUAAGCGUCAAACAUAGGUCACGCGUAUAAAACAGUGUAGUUAAUUUAUAUAAAACUACCAUAAUUAAACACAUACACACAUUCACACACUCUGUUGGUAACACUUCUUUCUACUUUACUGCACAAUUACGUUUACCCUUUAUCCGGUCUGUAUACAUUGCACACUUUUUUUAAAAAAUGAUUAAUAAAUGUGCACAAUCCAUCCAUUGUGGGUCUACAUGUUUAAGUUGGGGAUCACAACCUCUUUCCAUGCUCCUGUCCAGUCCCCAUAUACAAUGGAGGCCAAUAGAAUCUCCCUGUCCCUCAAAUCUCCCCACAUAUCCUAUAUACUCAUGUAUAAGUCUAGAAAUUUCAGUCAUAGUCAACCCAAAAAGCCUAGGUCGGCUUGUCCAAGGAUCAACUCUUAGCAAAAAAAGAAGCUUCUCCUUCUCUUAAGUGGAGCACCAAAAGUUGAGAGCUUAGUCUGUCUUGGAAGAACCCAAAAUAAGCAUCAACUCUCUACUCUCUUUACAAUGGUGCUUCUUCCAAUAUUUUUGAAUGUUUGGGUGGAGAAACGGUAGUAGUAGCUCAUGAAGCAGCAUUAGUGGUUUUCUCUCUUCAUGGGACGACCCUCAACUUAUCCAUUGGUUGUAUCAAAAUCCAUCAUUUUGGCCCUCAAAACAUGAGGCUGACUUGUACAUGAGUAUAUAGAUUAAGUCAUUGUGCUACAGAAUGCAUGUGGGAUCUGGGCCAUGGUGACCUGUGGAGGAGCAAGAAAGAGGAGCUCAGUGUUGAUUUUGUCCCAUAAGCACAGCUGUACUGAUGUGUUAGGGAGGAGAUGUAUGGAUUAUGCUCCACUUUUCCGCCCAAAAAGCGUUCUUUUUCCAGCCAUUAAAAAAAUUGUAUAUAGUAUUCACAUUUUUUUACAAGUUUGAACCAUAUUACACAACGUUCAGCAUUUACACCAUACAUUACAUGGGUGGAACAAACCAGGCAACGCAGUUUAGCUUUAGACUUUGUAGCCCACCUUCAAAUGCAGUUAUAGCAUGAGAACUGUUAUCCUGUUGUUGUUUACUGCUUUAUACAUUUUUGUUGCAUCUUUUCUGUCCUUUAUAAAAAAGUAAAUAAAUAAAGAGGCAGGAUGGUGCAGCGCUAUCCAAAGGCAAGCUCAUCUUUUUCACCAAACCAUCUUGUUUACAUAUAGAAUUUCACUUGGGCUUUUGGAAUGGAGUGAAAUAAUGCAGUGAGUGACUUUGGAUCUGUCUGUCUUUAUUGUUUGAUGGUUGUUCUUUUUUUUCCUUUUUAAAGUACACUUUUGGGUUCUUUUCAUCUGAAUGUCUGCAAUAAACCAGUAUCUGCAAUUCACAAUAAAUGAAGUAUGUCUACCAGAUAA